UUUCUGAAAUCCCGCGUCCCGGACCACUGAUUCAGAACUAACUGCUUCGAAGCUUCUUGUUUCCGACAGCGGCAGCGCCGGCCUGUCAUCAGCGUCAGUGUCGCCGCCAUAUUGGACCGGGCAGCUCUUUGUCAGAAGACUGGUCUGAAGAAAAUAUGCCUGAUUCGUGUGCUGCUUGGGGCUGCAAAAACCGCCGCACAAUCCAAAGCAGAUACCGCGGAAUUACUUUUCACAAGUUUCCUAGGGAGAAAGCAUUGAGGAGGCAGUGGGAAAUAGCUACAAGAAGGAAAGGUUUUUCCGCCAGCGACUGCUCUGUGCUGUGCAGUGAGCACUUUAAGCCACGGGAUGUAGACAGGACAGGUCAGAUUGUCAGGAUUCGAGAAGGAGCUAAACCAUCUGUCUUCAGUUUCCCAGCUCAUCUACAAAGACCAGUGGCACCCAGGAAAACAAGAACAUCAAGGAAAGCUGAAGAGAGGCCGCCAGUGGACUGUUCUCAGCAGUUACAAGAGACUAAACCUGUAGAUCACUCUUAUGCAUUGCCUGCAGAUCCCACUGAUCUAAAGGCUAGACUCGGAGAAGCCUUGGCUAGAGUGGAGAGUCUGGAGCGAGACAUGAGGAACGUGAAGAAACGAGAACAGAGGGCAAAGAACAUGGUGCUAGCUCUUCUAGAGGACCUGAAUGGAAAGAACUUCAUAAAUGACGAGUUGAAACACAAGCUCAAUUUCUACUCUGGGAAAAUGAAAAUAAAAAGUUGAACUGUGUGGCGGCUGAGUUCCAUGGAUGCCAAGCCUGGUGUUAAAAUGAUGUUAUAUAUGUUGAUAUGUAUUUUUGAUUUGUCUAUAGUUCCGGUGCAGUGGUUUGGUGGGAAUAGUCUCCAGU